AUGAUAACUAAUCCGGUUCUAACGUUUUUCUUCAUUGAUCUGAUCGAAUGCAUAACUGUAACAUAUUAUCGGUCAGUUGUUUUCGAUCGAAAUGAAAUUUUACCACUUAUUGUUUCUAGUUAUCAAAAAAAUUGGCAAGUCUUAAUUUGUUACUUAUUUGGUUUAAUUCAACCAUUUUACAAUUUCAAGAAUAUAGCUGUUCAUACUUUAUUCAGGGAAAAUGGACGAAAAAGAAAUUUAUAUCCAUUGCUUGCUACUUUCACCAAUAUUUUACCGAUACAAAUUGAUCAGAUAGUCUUUUAA